UAAACAAGAAAUAUAAUAUUCAUUCCUCAAAAGCUCAGAUCUUUUCUCUCCUCAUUAUGGCUUAUCUUCGCUUUAGAUCGUCCUUCCUUUUGUUUUUGCUCAUCGCUUUAUCAAUCCAGGUAGAUGCAAGACAACUUCUUGAGAUAAAAUCACCAGAAGUACCUAAACCUGAACUUCCUACUUUGCCAAAACCUGAAUUCCCUAAGCUGCCAGAACCUGAAUUACCGAAGCUCCCUGAAUUGCCAAAACCUGAAGUUCCAAAAGUGCCAGAAUUGCCAAAAACUGAACUUCCUAAGUCCCCUGAAUUGCUAAAGCCUGAAGUCCCAAAAGUACCAGAAUUGCCAAAACUUGAGCUUCCUAAGUUCCCUGAACUGCCAAAGCCUGAAGUCCCAAAAGUGCCAGAAUUGCCAAAACCUGAAGUGCCCAAGUUCCCUGAAUUGCCAAAACCCGAACUGCCACCUUUGCCCCACUUUCCUGAGCUUCCGAAGCCUACAUUGCCUACCAUACCAACUGUUCCCAAGGAGAUUAAACCACCUCACUGCUCCACAAACUGUGUAGAGGCACGAUGUCUCCUGGAGACACAAUUGCCUGAAGUACCCAAACUUCCUAAACCUGAAUUGCCACCAAUGCCUAAACCUGAAGUCCCCACUAUCCCAAAACCUGAAUUGCCAAAGCCUGAAUUUCCUAAAUUUCCCGAUUUGCCAAAGCCUGUAGUGCCUGAGUUUCCAAAUCCCAAAGUGCCCAAAUUCGUGGAGUUGCCAAAGCCUGAAGUGCCAGAAUUGCCAAAACCUGAAGUGCCUAAAUUGCCCGAGUUGCCGAAGCCUGCAGUACCCGAGUUGCCAAAGCCUGCAAUACCCGAGUUGCCAAAGCCUGAAGUGCCAAAAUUUCCAGAAUUACCAAAGCCUGAACUGCCAGCUUUUCCUAACCUACCAGAUCUGCCAAAGCCUGAACUGCCUAGCAUACCAACUCUUUACAAAGAUAUCAAACCUCCUCAGUCAACUUCUAGCCCUUAAAUAAUUUCACCAUUUAUACUUCAUUAUUUGGUUUUGUGGUGCACAUCUAGUUCUCCACAUUGCUAAGUAUCAUUUAUUUGUGAUAUUAUUAUACUUCAGGUGGAGCUUUCCUAUUAGAGUGGCUGAUUUCUGUAUCAUAUGUACAACUUGUUCCAAUUCUUCAGUAGUGUUAUAUAUUGGAGUUUGUAUCUUCUAUUAUUAUUAUUUUCCGAUUCAGUUGGAGUAUUGAUUGUUUCUGUCUUCUGCUGAAGGCCACUUGCAUUUUUCA